AUGAGGCCCUCGACACUCGCCACCAUCUCAUGCCAGCUCCUCCUAGCCGUAUCACUGCCAAUUUCGACUAUCGAAGUACUCUCCCGAAGCAACAGCAUCACGAAAGCCUCGGUGGGUUUAGGUCUCGCAGAACGAAGCCUCGCACAAAGCGUAGCAACAGCUCCAUCCAAAGUCACCGAAAAAGAAGCCGCUGCAGGUGAAACAGGCGCAGCGGAAGGAGCAGUCGGAGGUGCGGAAGGCGGCGCAGCCGGCGGCGGCGAGGAGGCGAAAGAUCCCAACGAAAAGGAGAUUGAGGGACAGUUCAUCGUUCCUGUUCGGUUAGGCGGUGCGAAUGUCAAGCAAGAUGUUCUCUUUCCUCCAGCAAAAAAUGGACGUUUCGAGGUCGAAUUCCAAAACGCAGUCGGCCGAACCCUCACCGUGACGGAAAACAGAUCCCCCGCGCCGCCUCCCGCGGGGUUCACCGCCAUCGAGGCGGUUUCGUACAAAGUCAGCCUCGCAGAAGGCGCACAGGGCGUGACUCUCUCAAAGAUUGACUACAUUCUCAACCCAGGAAAUACCCUCGACAUCAGCAAGGGACAAGUGGGCCGCCUCUUCCCGGAGCUGAACGCCUUCAUUAUCGACCCGGCUCUCGGUGAACUCGAAUUCGAAGCCGAGGAGAAUGAGUUGACCUUGAAGGUUGCUAACAUGAAUGGAGAGUUCGCCUUCUUCCUCCCGCAGGCUGGCGCCGCCGCUGGUGCGACUGCAUAG